CGAGACACACGCAGCCAUAAUAUUUAAUCUGUAAUCUGUAUUGUGUAGGUACGGUGUGCAACGCGUAGUGGGUGCUCGAUGUGCGUGCGCCCCGUGGCUAAGAAGUUUAACUUACACGUGAUAAUAUAAGCAGGCCGUUUUGCCGAUUGUGUAUUGAAGUUUUCCGUUCCAAUUAAAGCCGCAUAUCACUGGUUAUAAUUAAUAUUUUGUGUGUUUCGUGCGUGGUUUUGUUCUGUUCUCUUGUUUACUAUUCUCUCGGCCUCGUGACACGGACCAACCGCUUCGAAACUCCACAGUCAUGGAUAUCGAUUCAUUGUACGAUUACGCGGAGGAGGAUCAGGACUUCUACGAAGAAAGUCCUGGGAUACGGAAGGGCUAUCCUAUCGAUCAUCGUUCGAUCAAGCGGGAUGUGCGCGGCGAUGUCGCGAUACUUGGAUGCGGCGGAGACGGUGUUAAAAUGAUGGUCAAGUACAUGAAGCAGGAACUGGUCACUUCGGACGCCGAGGAAGAGGCUCUGGUUCCGGCCUUUCAUGCCCGUUUCGCCUCGAUGCGGAAAGUGCCCUCCCUCUCCGAUUUGUCCGACCCGGAAAGCUCCCUCGACAUCCCGGCGCAGGUCCCACCGCUGACGCCUGGUACAAACAAGAAGAUGACCGAGGCCUUAAAGGCUUCUUUUGCCUCAUGGGAAAAGGAACAGAUACGUCUCAACAUAACUAAAGAUCCAAGGCAAUGGUCAGAAACGGCUGUAGCUCACUGGCUCCAAUGGGCAAUCAGGGAAUUCUCACUUGAGGGUGUAGCGAUGCAACCGUGGCAACACAUGACCGGAAAACUGAUAUGCGCUAUGGGCAAGGAGUCCUUUUUGGCAAGGGCGCCAGCCUUCAUGGGCGACAUACUGUGGGAGCACCUCGAAAUACUGCAGAAAGAAGUUGACACGGAGAAACCUUCUCUGGAAAAUGUACCCGCCAAUCUAUACGAGAGCGUGUGCGUACCCGAUCUCGGCGAAUUUAUGGGAUACCAAGGAACACCCAGCAUGGCCACACCGGAACACAAAAGUCCGGCAACCCCGGCGACUCCGCCUAGCACUCCUCAGAGUCAGCACGGGCAAAACCAGAACCAAAACCAGAACCAGAACCAGGGACAGUCCCAACCACCCCCGCCCCCACCGCCUUCCGUGAUAACGCUGUCUCGGCAGUAUCACAACGACGCCCAUUACUCCGGGUACGGGGACGAGGGCUCCGAAUACCACGAUCUUGCACAGAAUCACCAAACGCCUCAUCACUACGGUGUCGACCCUUCGCCCGAGUUUUACAACCACGCCGGCAUCCACUUGGAGUCCAAGUACCAGCCGCCACAAGCCUUCAAGAACUACGUUCGAGGUCGCUACCAGGAAACGUAUAGCGAGGGAGGAUACGGCCAGUACGAUGGCACGUCCUUUCAAACAGUCCCUGGAAGUGGUGCCGGGGGUGUUUCGGCGGCGGGUAGCGAUCAGUGGGGUGUCGGCCCCCUCAGCGAUCACCUAUCGCACCACCCUGCCUUCCUCUCCGGCCUUCCACCUCGGGAUUCGUCCAACCCUCAUCACCCGUCCUCCAUUGCUAACAAUCCGGACCAAAAACCGCUCUUGCAGAGCCCGAUGUUGCCUGGUUACACGGGGGGCGGCCCAUGCUUUACAGGUUCAGGACCAAUUCAGCUAUGGCAAUUCCUGCUUGAAUUGUUGACGGACAAAGCAUGUCAAGGAUUUAUAUCGUGGACGGGCGAUGGAUGGGAAUUUAAAUUGACAGAUCCUGACGAAGUCGCACGUCGCUGGGGUAUACGAAAGAAUAAACCUAAGAUGAAUUACGAGAAAUUGAGUCGCGGUUUACGUUACUACUACGACAAAAAUAUAAUCCAUAAAACAGCCGGUAAACGAUACGUAUAUCGUUUCGUAUGUGAUCUACAAACUCUUCUUGGAUACAGCCCGGAGGACUUGCACGCAAUGGUGGACCUGAAAGUUGAAGAGAAGGAAAAAGACUGAAUUUUUGUCAGACAAUGUACGCUGGGACGUAUUAACACUGUU